AAUUUUUCGGAAAGCAACGGAGAGAAUGGGGAGAUACGUCCGGUCCGAAUACGAAGGAGUUACGAGCAAGUGACAAAUUACAGUAACGUACGCGCGGGUGAAAAGUUGAGAUAUAAAUAUAGGUAGAGCAUGUAAUUUAACACAAAGAACAAGGGUAGAAGAAAAAAGGGGCUGUAGAAGAAAAUAGGAUUAAGAUCCUUCACUGAGUUUGUUUGGUUGGAGAGCGGCAGAGGUUGUUUUUGGCGGGAAAAAGAUGUCGGGCAAAGGGGCAAAGGGUUUGAUAACAGCCAACAAAGACAAGGACAAAGACAAGAAGAAACCCAUUUCUCGUUCUUCUCGUGCUGGUCUUCAGUUCCCAGUUGGGCGAAUCCACCGGCUUUUGAAGUCAAGAACCACAGCUCAUGGAAGAGUUGGGGCAACAGCUGCUGUCUACUCUGCUGCCAUCUUGGAGUAUCUGACUGCUGAAGUAUUGGAACUGGCCGGUAAUGCUAGCAAGGAUCUCAAGGUUAAACGUAUUACUCCGAGACAUUUACAACUUGCAAUCCGAGGUGAUGAAGAACUGGAUACUCUGAUAAAGGGAACAAUUGCUGGAGGAGGUGUAAUUCCUCAUAUUCACAAAUCUCUUAUCAACAAGUCUUCCAAGGAGUAGAUUACUAAUGGAUUAUUAUAGUUGCCUGAUGGAAAAUUUAUGUCUCUACUAAUUGUGGAUUUGUUAGCUAUCACUUAACUGUAGGAUCUCUUAUUUAUGGUUAAAGGAUGCUGUUGAUUGUGGAUAAAUCUGAUAUUUUGUUUAUCUACUUAAUUAAUAUGGUACUAUUACUAAUUUCAGCUA